CGUGGAGGGGGGUGGUUGUAUUGACAGUGCUGGGCGGCAGACUGUGGACUCUCAGUAAACAUCAGUUAGUCAUUCACGCAGGAAACACAACCAAGCAUUGCCAUUAACGCCAUCAAGUGUGAUUGACAUGUGUCGCCUAGCCUUCUACGCGUGCGUCGCUGUCGCAAUGUGGGCAGAGGCAACGCUCAGUCUGUCGGUGUUUUCUGACCCUCCGGAGGCACAUAUGCUGCUACGGUCCCGUCGGGCCAACUCUUUCCUGGAGGAGCUGAAGGACCCUUCCUUGGAACGUGAGUGUAUGGAGGAGACCUGCAACUUUGAGGAGGCCAUAGAGAUCUUCAAGACCAGAGAGGCUACACUGGAGUUCUGGACGAAAUACUCAGACGGGGACCAGUGUGUAUCCCACAAAUGUGUGCACGGAACAUGCAUGGACAUGUUUCAUGACUACAACUGCCGCUGUAACCACGGAUACGAGGGAAAAUACUGCGACUACAUUCAAACGGCAACAAACUGCAGCGUGAACAAUGGUGACUGCGACCAUGAUUGUUCUGAGAGCAAGGACGGUAUGAAUCGAACAUGCAGCUGCGUGGUUGGCUACGUGUUGCACCGCAACGACAGGACGUGUGUCCCUAAAGGAGUGUCAUCUUGCGGGCAGCUUCUGAUCGGUCGCUCGUCCUACACCAAGCCCAUGGAUGGCCUCAUGCCCUGGAUGGUGGGGGGCGAGGUAGGCAAGAGGGGUGAGAGUCCUUGGCAGGUGCUGCUGCAGAACGCCAAAGGACGCUUUCACUGCGGCGGGGUACUCAUUGACGAGAGCUGGGUCCUGACAGCGGCACACUGCCUGGAAGACAACCUCCGUCUGCGGGUGCGACUUGGAGACUAUGAGCGUUUACGCAAAGAGGGCAGUGAGGUGACCUUGAAAGUCAUCGAGGCCUUCAGACAUCCCAACUACGACAGCACGACAGUGGACAACGAUAUUGCCUUGCUGCGCCUGGAAAGCCCCGCUCCUUUCUCCGAGUACAUUCUACCCGUAUGCUUGCCUGGCCGCAAGCUGGCCGAGAACGUGCUUCACCGCAACGGAACAUCCACGGUGGUGACGGGGUGGGGCAAGGACAGUCUGGACAGCACCCGCUUCAGCUCGGCACUCAAUGUCAUCCGAGUGCCGCUGGUCAGCCACGACGUUUGCGCUGGCUUAAUGUCACACAACAUCACCAAUAAUGUGCUGUGCGGCGGCAUCCUGGGCCAAAGCAUCGAUGCCUGCGAGGGCGACAGCGGCGGUCCAAUGGUGACGCUCUAUGGCAACACCUGGUUCUUGGUGGGGCUGGUGUCUUGGGGCGAGGGCUGCGGCCGUGAGGACAAGCUGGGCAUCUACACCAAAGUGUCCAACUACAAUGAGUGGAUUGACACCGUGCGUGAAAAUUGGGACAAAAGAGGACACCCUCCAGAACCAUGAUGUGCACGUGUGCGCGACCUUACAAUAAACUCAUCUUUCACGUG